CGCCCCACCCACCGCUACCACCAAGACCAAUUUCAUCCCCCGGAAAGCAAUAAAACGCGAAGGACUCGCUCCGCGUGUUUUUGCAGUGUUUACAAUAGUUAACUAACAAACAAAAAGAAAAAAAAAAACAAAAACAAAAUGAGCAAGUUCGCCUGGGUUACCCUGACCACAAAUGAUACCUACUCGCUGGGCGCCCUGGUGCUGGCCCAUUCGCUGAAGCGUGCCGGCACCGCCCAUCAGCUGGCUGUGCUGGUGACGCCCACCGUUUCGGAGGCGAUGCGGGACAGACUGAAGGACGUGUACAAUGUUGUACAAGAGGUGAAUGUGCUGGACUCACAGGAUGCCGCCAACUUGGCGCUGCUCGCCCGCCCCGAGCUGGGCGUCACCUUCACAAAGCUCCACUGCUGGCGCCUGGUGCAGUUCGACAAGUGCGUCUUCCUCGAUGCGGACACGCUGGUGCUGAAAAACUGCGAUGAGCUGUUCGAGCGCGAGGAACUGUCCGCUGCUCCGGAUGUCAGCUGGCCGGAUUGCUUCAACUCGGGCGUGUUUGUCUUCAAGCCCAGCGUGGAGACCUUCAAUCAGAUCACAGAGUUCGCCGUGAAGAACGGCAGCUUCGAUGGCGGCGAUCAGGGCCUAUUGAAUCAGUUCUUUGCCGAUUGGGCGACCGCAGAUAUCAAGAAGCAUUUGCCCUUUGUCUAUAAUGUGACAGCCUAUGCUUCCUACUGCUACUUGCCCGCGUUCAAACAGUUCAGAGAUAAGAUUAAGAUUUUGCAUUUUGCUGGCAAACUGAAGCCCUGGUUGAUACAGUUCAACUCUGAGACAAAAACCGUUGCCACGCCUCACGAUUACUCCCAUGCGACAGACCUUAUCCAACACUGGUGGACCAUCUUCUGUGAUAAUGUGCAUCACUACCUUGACGACACUAUGUGCCUUUGCUUAAACAUAACGCAUCCGUCGAGAUAUGCUGAAUAUCAUAACGAUAUGGACAGCAACUAUGACCAGCGUCAGCAUCAGCAACAACAACAACAACCACAACAGCAAUAUGUGCCGCAUGUCCGCGAAUUUCGUGAUCCUUGGGCAGAUUAUUAUGAGCAAGUGGAGCGAGAACUGAAUGAGCCCGAACCAGAAAGCGAACCCGAGUACUGGCACAAUGACAAUACGAAUGAGAAUUCAUGUGAAACGCAAGUGCAUGGCGAGAGAAGAAGGAGUUGGGUUGGUCAGAGCGAUGCAUGCCGAUAUGAUAGCCCCAGACCCACAUCACCAACACCUCAAGCACCAUCACCACCACCACCACAACAACAACAGCAACAACAACAACCACAACCACCACCCACUGCCAACGAAGAUUAUAGAGCAAUUGAUGUAAAUAGCAAUGAGCAAGCACCCACCCACGAACCACACACGAACCACUCCGCGCAUUGUCCAACUCUACAGCACACGACACAAACCACCUCAGAUCACACACAAAUUGAAGAAGUUCCCGUUGCUGCCGAGGCUGGUCUCGCCGGCGCCUUGGCACAGCUGCGCAUUGGCGUCGAACGCACACCCGAACAGGAGCAAUACGAGAAUCUGAUGCGUCGCCAGUGUUGGGAAUCGGGACAGAUUGACUAUUCGGGCGCCGAUGCGUUCGACAAUAUCUGGAAGAAGAUCACGCAGACUCUGGAGGCCAAGCCCGACAAGGAGGCAGAGGCGGAGGCUGACCAAACUGGUAGUUCAUAGAUACAAAAUAAUAUAUGUAGAGAACAAAAACAUAAACAAAUCGUUUGUCGUUUUGUUGAGCCCACUGACAACUCUAUAUCCCAGCCCAACACACACGCACACACACUUACACACAACUGUGCCAAGUUUUUGACUCUGAUCAAAAAAGAAAAAACAGAAGAAAAUUUAAGCCAAGUGCUGUCAAGUCUCAUUCAGAUGUCAUAUUUAAUUGCUACUCCCAGGCACACACUCUCACACACACACACACCCACACACACACACCCACGCACGUGUGUUGUAGCCUAGUUAGCAGCAGUGGCACAUAUUAUAAAACUGAAAAAAAGGAGAAAAAAAUAUAUAUAGAGGUAUAUAUAUGAGAGCACAGAAAUUUUAAUUAAGUUUUCAAAUUAAACUUUUUACACUCGUUGCCGCCGCUGCUGCUCUCGACGUUACACUUGCAAUGCAUGUGUGUGUGUGUGAUGUGUGUGCAUGUGUGUAUAUAGGACGCACUUGGCUUUCAAUUUAAUUCACACACACACGCACAAACACAUCCUUGGCACCACCACCACUUGGCUCAGCCACAAAACUUUUACACUUCAUUGUAUUUUAAUUGAAAUUUGUUGUACUUUUGCCCUCUUCAGUCUUAACCGAUUUGUGGCAUCCACUUUUCAGCUCAUCUGCAUAAAACUCCUCAUCAAUUUUAUUUAAUUUUUUCUGUUUUUAACGAAAAACGUGUGUAUAAAAUGUAAAAUAAUAAUAAAACAAAAAUCUUCUUAAAUAUAUAUUUUGAAACUAA